CCUAAUUUAUACACAAUCAAAAUAUAUUAUUUACUACGUGCAAUGUAUAAACUAGAUAUAUGAUGCUUUUGCCUUAUGAUCAUUAAACCUAUCGCCGGUCCGCGAAGAAUUAAUUCUCUUGGAUUAAAUAUAACACCAUGAGAAUUCUGCUGUUAUCUAAUUCUCCAUCCAAAUGGAUGAUGCGAAUAUCAUCACGUCAUUUUAGUUCAAUAGAAUUGCCUAAAUUUUAUGCUACACCUAUUUUCUAUGUUAAUUCGGUACCUCAUAUUGGUCAUCUUUACACGACAAUCUAUGCAGAUGCAUUACAUCGAUUCACUCGAUUAUGUCAUCCUGAUGCGGUUACAAUUUUUUCCACUGGAACCGAUGAACAUGGUCUUAAGAUACAAAAAUCAGCUCAAUCAAAAAACACUGAUCUUUCAACAUAUUGUGAUCAAGUAUCGGCAAAAUUUCGUCAAUUAUUCGAUGAUGCCAGUACAUCACAUACACAUUUUAUCCGUACUACGGAUAAUCAGCAUAAAAAAUCUGUGACAAAUUUAUGGAAUAUACUCGUGGAAAAAGGAUUUAUUUACAAAUCCAAAUAUUGUGGUUACUAUUCCAUAAAUGAUGAAGCAUUCGUACCGGAUAAUCUUAUAAGAACAAAUUCUGCUGGAGAAAAGAUAUCUAUAGAAACUGGACAUAAACUUGAAUGGUAUGAAGAAGAGAAUUAUGUUUUUCGUUUAUCACAACUACAAGAUCAAGUUAUCGAUUGGAUCGAUAAUCGAUUGAUAAUGAAACCACAGAAUUUUCAUACAGCACUUAAAGCUGAUAUAAGAAAUAUUAAAAAUUUCAAGGAUGUUUCCGUGUCAAGAUCUAAAUCACGUUUAUGUUGGGGUAUCGAAGUUCCGAAUGAUAAUAGUCAAUUAAUUUAUGUUUGGUUCGAUGCAUUAACCAAUUAUCUAACGGUGGCUGGCUAUCCAAAUCAUGAUCUUACCGUAUGGCCACCUUGUCAUGUGAUUGGUAAAGAUAUCAUCAAAUUUCAUUGUAUAUAUUGGCCAGCAUUUUUGAUUGCUGCUGGAUUACAGCCACCGAAUCUAGUUUAUUGUCAUUCACAUUGGCUUUAUGAUCGACAAAAAAUGUCAAAAAGUUUAGGUAAUGUUGUCGAUCCUUUUGAUUGUAUCGAACGAUUUACAGCUGAUGGAAUACGUUAUUUUCUUCUGAAAGAAGGAACACCACAUUCAGAUUCAAAUUUCAAUAUAGAUGCAGUGAAAACAUGUUUAAAUGCCGAAUUGGCCGAUACAUUUGGUAACCUGUUGAAUAGAUGUACAUCGAACAAAUUAAAUCCACAACAAUAUUAUCCUCAAAAUAUUUCAUUGAAUGAAAUGAAUGAAAUUCUACCCGAAAGUAUGGAAACAAUUGAUUAUAUACAAAAUCUAUCAAAACAAUGUUAUCAAGCUUAUUCGGAUGGAAAUUUUCAUAUCGGUAUUGCACAUGUGAUGACAGGUCUUCGACUUGUAAAUAGUUUAUUCAACAUUAUUCGUCCAUGGGAAUUUGCCAAAAAUUCUAAUAAUGAAAUUAAUCAAAAACGUCUCGAAUGUUUAUUGUUUCUAUCAUUAGAAUCCAUACGUAUAGCAGCAAUUUUAUUGAAACCAAUCAUACCCAAUAUAUCGACAUCAAUAUUUCGUAAACUAAACAUUCAGCCAGAAUUCUGUUUAUGGAAAUCAGCUGAAAUGAAUGUGACGCAACAUGAGCUGUAUAGUCAUCAUCAACAACUGCAUGUAAAUAGAAUUUCAACAGAAAAAUUGAUAAUUUUCUCUAAACUUAUUUAAAUUAUAAAUUGACUUGUUG